AUGCUAAAGAAUUACAAUAUUAUCGAAGGACAGGAAGGCUUUGUGACUAAAGGAAUUUCGGAGUGUCAGAUCCCAAAAAAGGUGACCAACACAACAGCUGUCCUCAAAAAAAGUGACAAACGACAAACUUUCUCCAACUUUCCUUGUACAGCGAAACUCAAAAUUUCAACAAAUAACUGUCGUUUUGUAAACCCGACAUCGAAAGACAAAGUCUCUGGGCUUUCUAGUCAACGGACGAGAAAUAAGUUUAUUUUGAUGAGGGGAAUGAUACACAGCUAUGUCCAGAAAAUUGCAAAUGUGUCACCAACCAGCCAAAAAUGGAAUCACAAUGUCGAAGUGGUCUCUAAAAUAGCAUCUUGGUUGUGGAAGCAAAACACGGGUGUUUUCCAGUCCUAUUACGAAGCUCUCGCUUUCUUCGAGGACAACAGGCUGACGAAUUCAACUAUAGCAACAGUGUCCUCCAGAAAAAUUCUGGACGCUGUGGGAAGACGAUGUAUACCAUCAACCUACAGUUACGAAACGCUGACCAAUGGGGCAGACACUACAGCGAUGGAGAGCAAGAAAACGUACAAGGCCUUCUGUGGCAGAUUCUCUCUCAAGGAGGCUACAGGUAGGGUCAGGAAGAAGAAACCUAUACAAACGUUCGCCCUCCGCUCGAGAAACAUUGAAGACGUCUUUCUCUUAUAA